AAGAAACGUCUCGAGUCCUUUCUUCCCCAUUGAUGUUUGCUUCCUCUCUCUAUAGCCCCUUCAUCCUAGCAAUCUCUUCUCCACUCUAUUGAUUCAUCGCACAAUCUAUGGGUGGGUAGCAUCGCGAUGGAUGCGACGGAGUCAGAUAUGACGGAGCUGUUACGUGGAGGAAGCCGUGGCGGCGAAGGUCCAAUAAAUGCUCUCGCGUUCAAACUGAAAACCCAAUUAGCUUCUCUCUCGCUCACCAUCCACCGUCACCGUCGCCGUUGUAUCAUAACCUUGCCCUAAUGGAGGAGGGACGUCAGAAGGACUUGCAGUUGUUGGAAGAAAUCAUUGAUAAAGGUUUAAAACAGAAGCUUUUACAGACUAUUGCUUCACGGGACAAGAUCUUUGAAGAUCAAAAAGCACUGUAUCCUUCUUGUAUAGGAAAGUCUCUUGCUUCUCAGUCUCUUGUACUUCGGAGGAGCUGUUCUUGGUUUAGUCAUUCACAAUACUUUGCUGUUCUAGUGAGUCUUAUUUACACUAGCAAAGUCAUCAGCACGAAGAUGGUGAUGCAGAGAGGAGGAGGUGGUCGUCCCAGUGGUCCUCAGGCUCGUCAUAUGCGAAUUGCUGAAUGUCUUGUUGGUGAUAGUAGCUUGACAAAAUGGGUUCUUGCUCUACGUCGGAUUUGGCUUCUUUAAGCAUUUUGACCCAGACAUCACCACAGUCCAGAGAGGAUCUUUUAAGGAGGAGACAAGAUGAGAUUGGUCAAGUGUUGGUUCUGCUCUUCUACGAUAUAUCCAGGACAUGGUAUUCAGUUUGUCCACAACGAUGCUAAGAUGAAUAUCUAAUGGCGGAGAGGAAAGAGGUGCCCACAUCAGAAGCGAUAUCUGUAGAGGAUGAAGUGUGAAGCGGUGGUGAUGCCACCUGUCUCCUCCUUCUCCAUCAUUUGCCUUUCUUCUCCUCCUUCAAAUCAUUUCCUUCCUCUCUCUCUCUCUCGUCUCCACUCGGAAGAAGCGCACCACAUAGAAAACUUUUGUAUCCUUCCUUAUCAGGAGCUAGCUCUUCUCAUCGAGAUGGGUUCAACUCCCUUCUGCUACUCAAUCAACCCAUCUCCGUCAAAGCUCGAUUUCACGAAGACCCACGCGUUCAGCCCCGUCGCCAAACAGUUCUAUCUCGACUUACCGUCGUUCGCCGGCAAAUCGGGGAUACGAAAGCGUCGAGCUUUAAUCGGAGUAAAGGCGGCGGCGGCGGCUUUAGUGGCGGAGGAGGAGACGCGGGAGACGGCGGCGGAGAGUAAGAAGAAACCGAGAGUUCUGGUGGCCGGAGGCGGAAUCGGAGGUCUGGUGUUCGCUCUCGCGGCGAAGAAGAAAGGGUUCGAUGUGCUGGUGUUCGAGAAGGACUUGAGCGCCAUAAGAGGAGAAGGACAGUACAGAGGUCCGAUUCAGAUACAGAGCAACGCUUUGGCUGCUCUGGAAGCUAUCGAUAUCGGUGUUGCUGAAGAAGUCAUGGAAGCUGGAUGUAUCACCGGUGAUCGGAUUAACGGCCUCGUCGACGGUGUCUCUGGCACUUGGUAUGUCAAGUUUGAUACUUUCACUCCCGCGGCGUCGCGUGGACUCCCUGUGACUCGGGUGAUUAGCAGAAUGACUCUGCAGCAGAUCUUGGCACGUGCGGUUGGUGAAGAAAUUAUUAGAAACGAGAGUAAUGUUGUUGAUUUUGAAGACUCCGGAGAUAAGGUAACGGUGGUGCUUGAGAAUGGGCAACGUUAUGACGGUGAUCUGCUUGUGGGUGCGGAUGGCAUAUGGUCUAAAGUGAGAAACAACUUGUUUGGUCGAAGUGAAGCUACUUACUCAGGCUACACUUGUUACACUGGUAUUGCAGAUUUUGUACCUGCUGAUAUCGAGUCUGUUGGCUACCGGGUUUUCUUGGGACACAAGCAAUACUUUGUUUCUUCGGAUGUUGGUGGUGGGAAAAUGCAGUGGUAUGCGUUCCAUGAGGAAGCAGCUGGUGGGGUUGAUGCUCCCAAUGGUAUGAAGAAAAGACUGUUUGAUAUAUUUGAAGGUUGGUGCGACAAUGUGCUGGACUUACUGAAUGCCACAGAGGAGGAGGCGAUUCUGAGAAGAGAUAUAUAUGAUAGAAGUCCUAGUUUCACUUGGGGUAAAGGGCGUGUGACGCUGCUCGGUGAUUCUAUUCAUGCAAUGCAGCCAAAUAUGGGUCAAGGUGGAUGCAUGGCCAUUGAGGAUAGUUUUCAACUAGGAUUGGAGCUUGAACAAGCAUGGAAACAGAGUGUUGAAACUAAUACACCUGUUGAUGUUGUUUCCUCUUUGAGAAGAUACGAGGAAUCUAGAAGACUAAGAGUUGCUAUUAUCCAUGGAAUGGCGAGAAUGGCUGCAAUAAUGGCGUCAACUUACAAAGCAUACUUAGGUGUUGGGCUUGGUCCUCUCUCUUUCUUAACCAAGUUUAGAGUACCGCAUCCGGGAAGAGUAGGUGGGAGAUUCUUCAUUGACAUUGCUAUGCCUCUGAUGCUUAACUGGGUCCUUGGUGGUAACAGUGAGAAACUCGAAGGAAGGCCACCUAGUUGCAGACUCACUGACAAAGCUGAUGACCGCCUUCGUGAGUGGUUUGAGGACGACGAGGCUCUUGAACGUACUAUUAACGGAGAGUGGUAUCUUAUCCCACAUGGCAACGAGUGUAGCGUUUCUGAAACAUUACGUCUAACCAAAGAUGAGGAUCAGCCUUGCAUUGUCGGGAGUGAACCAGACCAAGAUAUUCCUGGAACGCACAUUGUGAUCCCUUCCCCUCAGGUAUCGAAGAUGCAUGCGCGUGUGAUCUACAAAGAUGGAGCUUUCUUCUUGAUGGAUCUUCGAAGCGAACACGGGACCUAUCUCACCGAUAACGAAGGAGGAAAAUACAGAGUGACACCAAACUUCCCGGCCCGGUUUAGACCGUCUGAUAUCAUCGAGUUUGGUUCGGACAAGAAGGCGGCGUUUAGGGUCAAGGUGAUCAGGACAACUCCCAAAUUGACGAGAAGGGAUGAGAAGAGUGACGGUAAAUUGCUUCAGGCUGCUUGAUACUUAAGUAAACCGACGGUGAAUUUAAGAAAAAAAAGAUCAGUUUGGCAGAUAAUGUGUAGUAAUUGUCACAAAAAAGAAAAUUAAUAUAUUACCUGCAUUGCAAUGUAUAUAGUCUGAAACAAAGGAUAAUUUAUACAGAACGUUUUCUCUUUA